AUGACCGAGGUCAAUCUUCGUUCGUGGUCGGAGAUAUCGCAAGCAUCUAAAGGCUUGCAAUUGAAUUCAACUACAGCAACGUUGGAGCAAAUUCUCGCUAGGUUCGCCCGACUCGAGACCCGAUUGGUUGAGCAUGAGCGCAGGGUAGCAGCAACGCUUCCUCCGUUGCAACCCGAACCUGAUCCUCCUGACGCAACCACGUUUGAGCAGUCUCACGCUGCACAACUGCCCCGACAAUCUCUGCAACCACAACCCUCCUACCAGCCGCCUCCAUUAUAUCAACCCGAUCUGGAACCGACAUCACUAUACGGUCACCCGCAAUUCAUCAACGCUGGAUUUGCGACCUACGAACCACCCACCCCGGUGUGUUACCAGAUGCCUCACAGCCAGCCGUCGUACAUGGGUCAGUUUCAACAACCUUCGACUAAUUUGGAAUGGAGUCUACCUGCGCUGUCCCAACCCCCAUACACGACUCACCAUCAGCAACCGCAGCUUCCUCCUCCGAAAACCUACCAGCCGCCGCUGUCGGCGUCUCCAACCACCUGCCAGCAGCCGCCUCUAACAUCAGCCGCUACCACCACCAGCCUACUCCACCAAAACCACCAGUUGCAGCCUCCAAACGUCCACCAGCCGUCGUCUCCAUAUAGCCACCAGCCGCCACCGCCUCCUAACACCCACCAGCCGCCGACGCCGCCCUACGUCCCGCCGCGUCAAACUACGGCUGCACCCAAGGCACAGUGUCACAACUACCCCCAGCCGCCACUACCCUACCUCCAGCAACGUCCCCAAUCCUACCGGCAGCCACCGGUAACAGCAGCUGCCGCUGUAAGCCUACCCCACCAAAACUACCAGCCUGAUGGACAGCAGCCUUCACCAGCAAGGCCCCACUCGGCUGGCCACCGCCACCUCCGCAACACUCGUUGUCUGGCUGGUCUCCGCUGA